AGAGUAACUUUUUGUGCAUUCCUUUUCAGGAUCACUUAAACAGACUCAGGAAGAGUCUCUCCUGUUGCACAAGACAAGAUGUCUUCUAUCAGCCAUGAAGCCCAUAUGAAUGUUGCUCCAGUCACCAUAUUCACUAGACAAGAUGAAGAGGCCUCUAUGCUGGAUGUUCUUACCCAUUGUGAGGUUAUUCAUGAUGCUCUUCAGAACCUGGAUAAGAAGUGCGAUGUCAUUCAUAAAAAAAUAAUGAAAAUCCAGCGCUUGCGCAAACAAGCCCUUUGGUAUUAUCGUAAUACUGUGAGAUUUUCAUGCAGGAACAGCUACGUGUUUUCGAGAAGAGCUAGAGUUAUGAAAAAUAGAAGUAAACGCUAUAACACCAACUUGUUCUCCUCUUCUGAAAGCUGUCUUGACUCCAGCAUACCCGUUUGUAGGGAGGAAAAUGAUAACGAGGGUAGUGCUAUGGACACCCCUGAAUAUUUUGAUGAAUCCCAGUCAGCUCUGCAGGAGCCUGAAUUGAGGGAGCUGGAGUCACCACCCCUGGGAGAGAAUUCUCAGAUUCCUACUUCUUCUGGAGAAUCCUUCUCUUCUGAAUCUUCUACAGCAAUUUCUCCAACUUCACUGGACCAGCCAAUGACCAGCUCGGUGUACAAUGGACUCCCCAUAGUGGAGUGCAAGCACUCCGAGGCAUCUGCAUGCAUCUCUGCUGAUUUUGUUGAAGGAUUUGACACUGUUGUGCUGAAACAAGAAACCCUUGACGAUCCUUCAACUUGGUCUGUGGAUGAGGUGGUCCUGUUUCUGAAGCGUGCAGAUCCUCAGAUGGCUUGCUUCCUCUCUGGUCUCAUCCAACAACAUGAAAUCGACGGAAAGGCCCUGUUACUUCUUACUACUGACAUGAUGAUGAAAUAUAUGGGGUUGAAGCUGGGAUCAGCUCUGAAACUAUGCCACCUUAUUGAGAAGCUCAAGAAGGAAAGACGCUUCCCAAAUUAGAAGAAAAGCCAUUUGCAGAAAUUUAGAUGGGGUAUAGAUUAGGCAAAGGCAGUUUUCUGCCCUUAGUUUUGCUUUAUAGGAAGUUCCUCUAAAAGUAUGCUAUAUCUAGAAUUUGAUAAGUACAAUAUUAUAGUCAAAUCUACUUUUUUGAAAUCUCUAUAACAUGUUCUUAAGAUCAUAUUGAAGUUAAAAGCUUAUUCUUUAUGUCUUUUUGGUAUUCUUCCAUAAUUUACAAAUAGCCUUCCUUGCUGGAAACAACAAAAACCACUUGGCGUAUGUGGAAUCAGAACAGUUAGCACACAAACACACACACAUAUCCAAGGUUGACAACUCCUAUAACCUGAGAGAAAUGUUUCCUCAUAUGGGAAUAGAAAGAUGAAGGUAAUAAACAUCUCAGAUAUUUUAGCUCUGAUACUAUUUUUGGUCUACCAGCUUCCAGAAAAGCAAUAUUGUAUUAUAAUCUCCUCAUUUCAUUACAGCUUCACGUCUUUCAUUGGUUGAUUAAUCAGGUUUAGAGGGAAAUGCAACUUUGUAGAUUUUUGGAUCUCAGCGGGUUUUAGGAUAACUACAGUGAUCACUCUGUGUCAGAUAUUGCUCUUAAAAGAGUGUUUUGAAUAGAGUCUUACUAUAUUUUGUUCAAAUUGCUGUUGCCAUAAAGCUUUCCUGUUUUAGCUAACAGACAUUUAGCUAAGAAUUUGUUGUUUCUAUAACUCUGUAAAGCCUCUUAUAUCCAAGAUUUUUAGAUACAUAUUUUAUUGUAUGUAUUUAUCCUCACAAGUAUAGCAUAGAUUCAGGUUUAAAUUCCAUCCUAUAUCUGAACUUUGCACUGCUACAAAAGUAAUGCUGAGCUUCAUAUUAGUUCCAGGCUUUUCUCCUAUGAAAUACAUCUGCAUCAUUUGCCAUGACUAGUAGCUCUUCACGUGCUCUUCAGGGAAAUCAGAAAUGGUAGAUUGGUUUUCAUACAGCGGAGUCCUAUGCCAUGUGUGCUGCUAAGAUUUGCAAGAAAAACAUGCACCAUAUUAUUUUGUUAUUCCUGGUUCUUACAUCAUAUACCUUUUAGUAUAACAUACCUAAUAAGAAUUGGUGCUAAUAAUAUUAGCCCUUCAUUAUUAACAUCAGUAUGUUCGUUCACCAGGGGUAUGAAUUUACAUCCUUUUUAAAAAAAGAACACUA